GGAAAUGAUGCGUGAGAAGUGCGACUCGCUGUCAGGCAGUGCUUCGCUGCCGGCGCGGUUGCGGGACGCUUCGGGAGGAAGCCAUGGAGGACCGUGAGUUAAUUGAAUACUUUAAGUCUCAGAUGAAAGGCGAUCCAAACAUGGCCUCGGCGGUGGCUGCCAUCCAGACUUUACUGGAGUUCUUGAAGAGGGAUAAAGGAGAGACAAUCCAGGGCCUGAGAGCCAACCUCACCAGUGCCAUCGAGACCCUGUGUGGCGUGGACUCCUCGGUGGCCGUGUCCUCCGGCGGGGAGCUCUUCCUGCGCUUCAUCAGCCUCACCUCCUUGGAGUACUCUGACUACUCCAAAUGUAAAAAGAUCAUGAUUGAGAGAGGAGAGCUUUUCCUAAGAAGAAUAUCCCUGUCGAGAAAUAAAAUUGCCAAUCUGUGUCAUACUUUUAUCAAAGACGGGGCGAGAAUUUUGACUCACGCCUACUCCAGAGUUGUCCUGAGGGUCCUGGAAGAAGCCGUGGAAGCCAAGAAACGGUUCCAUGUGUAUAUCACAGAGUCACAGCCUGAUUUAUCUGGGAAGAAAAUGGCCAAAGCCCUCAGCCACCUCGGCGUUCCUGUCACUGUGGUGCUGGACGCUGCUGUUGGCUAUAUCAUGGAGAAAGCAGAUCUUGUCAUAGUUGGUGCAGAAGGAGUGGUAGAGAACGGAGGAAUUAUUAACAAGAUCGGAACCAACCAGAUGGCUGUGUGUGCCAAAGCCCAGAACAAGCCCUUCUAUGUGGUUGCAGAAAGUUUCAAGUUUGUACGGCUGUUUCCACUCAACCAGCAAGACGUCCCAGAGAAGUUUAAGUACAAGGCAGACACUCUGAAGUCUGUGCAGACUGGGCAGGAUCUCAGAGAGGAGCACCCAUGGGUGGACUACACUUCCCCGUCCCUCAUCACCUUGCUGUUUACAGACCUGGGUGUGUUGACACCAUCCGCUGUAAGCGAUGAGCUCAUCAAGCUGUACCUAUGAGCAGUCUCCUGCCAGCGUCAGGAGCACGCCUUGUGCGGGAGGCGCGGCCUCUCCACUCCAGCCAGCCAGGGGCCAGAACUGAAUCGGACUUUCAGAUCUGUAUGCUACGGGCUCAUAUUGAAGUCUUGAAGAAUGCUUAGACUUUUCCUCUGUCACAUCUGAAGUCUGUUCCCAGUUCUAGAACCAUCCUUAUGGUUUACAGAAACUCACAGUCUCCAGAAGUACAAGUUAGAGUGCAAGUGCAAGCCUGACAAAGAUGGCAUAUGAGCUGCGCGACACCCUUCUCAUACCGCACUCGGCUGAGUACAAACCUUAUGGUGCCUCACAAGACAGCAAACACUGACUGACUGCAUCUGCCUUCAGGGCUCCAUCCCUUCAGCAGGAUCAGGCAGACAGGAAAAAUACCAAUGCAGGAGCCAUUCACAUAGCACUGCUCACAUUAUAUAGAAUGUUGUCUAUAAAAAACGUGAGCUUAAAGUUAUAUGUGGGAACAAAUCAGGAUCUUUUCAAAUAAAUUAUUUGAACAAUUUGGAUAUGGUAUUGCCUCAUACAAGUUGACACAGACUAGAAACGGUGCAAGCACAAUUGGGCAGAACCUGUUACCAGACAAAACUUAGCAGCACUUCUCAGGAUAAGAUACCCUUCCUGGUUUCAAUAAAACAACAUCAGAGCCUGUUCUAAAAUGUUCUCAACCCCAAUCUGGGUGUCAUGGCACCAGCCUGCAGCCCCAGAACAUGGGAGGCUAAGGCAGGAGGAUCAGUCUGAGGUCAUUCUACACUACAUAGUUGUAGAGACACCAUGACUCUGCCAACUCCUAUAAAGGCAAACAUUUAUCAUUGUGGUGGGAAGGCAGAUGUGGGGUUGGAGAAGCCCAGAGCUCUACAUCUUGAUCUAAAAGCAGCCAGGCUUCUUCUACACACUGGGUGGAGCUUGAGCCUAGGAGACCUCAAAGUCUGCCUACACCAAGACAUACUUCCUACGAGGAAGUGUGCCCCUUCCCAUGGACAGAGCAUAUGCAAACCACAAGAGUGUAGCGCCUACUGCAGUGAAGCGAGAAAAAAACAAACCCCGCACAGUUGCCUCUGCUUCUGUGGGUGCUCUUGGUAGGACUGCAAAGGAUAUGCAAAAUUUGGGAGGAGGCAAGGGGAUGUCAAGUGACUGGGAAUAAAUACUUAGAAAUUUUA